AUGAUUACUGCCUGUCACCACCCUGCUGCUCCUCCUGAAUCUGCCCUCCCCACCUCUCUCCUUCAUCCCCUUCCCCACCUCUCUCCUUCAUCCCCUUCCCCACCUAUCUCCUUCAUCCCCUCCUCACCUCUCUCCUCCAUCUUCUCCCCACCUCUCUCCUCCAUCUCCUCCCCACCUCUCUCCUUCAUCCCCUCCCCGCCUCUCUCCUUCACCCCCUACCAACAUCUUUCCUUCACCACUUUUCACCUUUCUCUCCAUUUCCUCAAUCUCUCCCUCCCCACCUCUGCAGCCAGUGGGAGCGCUCAACCCGGCACGCCUUGCAGAGUUCAGAGAGCGAUGCCUCGGGACAAGAGUGGAUCAGAGCGCACCAAGCCUUUCCUCUACGGCACUCACUACUCCACUCCUGGCUAUGUGCUCUACUGGCUCGUCCGCUCUGCACCAGCACACAUGCUGCGGCUACAGAACGGCCGCUUUGACUCACCAGACAGGCUGUUCACGGGGCUGCAGGAGUCGUGGGAGAGUGUGCUGUCUAACGCCACUGACGUCAAGGAGCUCAUCCCCCACUUCUUCUCUCUGCCUGCGCACUUCCUCCGCCUCCCCCCGGACCUCAAUCUAGGCACGCGCCAGAACGGAGUCCCAAUUGGCGACGUGGAGCUGCCUCCGUGGGCGAGCGGUGCAGAGGAUUUCAUCGUAAAGCACGUGCAGGCUCUGGAAAGCGAGUGGGUGUCGGCGAAUCUCCACCAUUGGAUCGACCUGAUCUUCGGAUACAAGCAGCGAGGCAAGUUCAUCUACUAUGCCCUUGCUUUAGUUUUGAGGCGCCUCAAAAGUAGCCCGGACAUCAGAUCAUAUACCAUGCCCUUGCUUUAUCUGCUGUGGCUUUCUCUGCUAUCCUCUCACUCGCAUCCCCUUAGAAAGGCAGCAGAGGAAGCAGACAACCUGUUCCAUCCCCUGACCUAUGAAGGCGCAGUGGAUUUGGACUCGCUCAGCAGCUUUGUGGAGAGGAGAGGCUUCGAGACUCAGAUUAACGAGUUUGGUCAAACGCCAAGGCAGCUCUUCAUCCAUCCCCACCCGCAGCGCUCCCCACGUGCCACACCCAGCGUCAGCGCCACGUCAGACAGUACAGCUGGCGCGGCUGCGGAUGGAAGCAGUGAGACAGGGGGCACAGGUGGCAUGGCGAACAGUAGCGGGAUGGUGGAAGAAGACGAGACGGGGAGGCUGAAGGCGCUGCAGGGGGCGGUGGGUCUGGGAAGCUUCAAUGCCAGGCGAGCAGCGCAGGGCAGGGGCUCUAUGGGCUCUGCAGGUGCUGCGGUCAAUGCAGUCAAUGCGGUCAAUGCAGUCAAUGCAGUCAAUGCAGCUGGUGCUGCUGGUGUGACAAGAGCUGCAGCAGUGAGAGAGGAAGAGGAGAUGGCGGCGCUGAGAGAGUGGCUGGACGAGGCUGGGGUGGGGCGAGGAGGGGACGAGCAUGCCUGCUCGCCUCCCUUCUCCCCCACUGCGCCCUUCCCUGCCUUUCAGCCGUCACCUGUAGUGGGAAGCAGCGAUGUGAGCAGUGCAGUGAGCAUCAGGGCGAACAGCAAGGCAAGCAGAACAGAAGGUGGUGUGGGCAGCAGUGAGACGAGCAGAAGCAGUGAGAGGAGCAGGAGCGACAACGAUGGCAGUGGCAGCGGGAGGAGGAGGGCGAGAGUGCGGCGAGUGAAGGCGCAUCGGGGGCCGGUGGUUGCGGUGGCGCUGGCAGAGCAUGCAGAAUCGCACGACUUGCUGCUCACCACAGCGGGCGCUGAUGGCAUGGUGAAGGUGAGGGGGCCUCAUGGCAUGGUGAAGGUGAGGGGGCCUCAUGGCAUGGUGAAGGUGAGGGGGCCUCAUGGCAUGGUGAAGGUGAGGGGGCCUCAUGGCAUGGUGAAGGUGAGGGGGCCUCAUGGCAUGGUGAAGGUGAGGGGUCCUCAUGGCAUGGUGAAGGUGAAAGGAGGCUCUUGGUGUGUUGGGUGA